UGCUAAAAUAAAAAUAACCUGUCCUCCGCUGUCGCGUCAAUGGGUACUUCUCAUGUGGAGAAGGCGCCCAAGCCGGAACCCUCGUCUUCCCUCCUAAAAUGAGUUUUAUCGCCCGAGUUAUGUAGCUCCAUAAGAGCAAGUUUCCGACGUAAGCAAUGGAGAAUCCCUUCAGUCUCAAAUUUGGUCAGGUCUUCACAGGCUUUGGAGUCGGUUGCGGGAUUGGAGUCGGCGUCGGUCGUCCGAUAUACUUUGGGGCAAUACCAGUUUUGCAGCCAGUUCUCAGUGCUACAAGUGGCGCCACAGAUGCUCUAUCUGGUGUUGUGAGACAUGCCAACGAUUCUCUGAAAAAGAUAGGAAUGAAAGGAAUUGAAGCAGGCAUUGGGUGUGGGGUUGGCAUAGGACAUGGUUUUGGAGUUGGCAUUGCUUUGAAGCCAUGGGUUUUUCAACAAAUUCAGACUUCUAUUACCGAAUCAGUAAUGAAGAUCAUGAUGAAUAUGGGAAUAGCACCAAACCUGUCUUCGGUCAAGAACUUCAUUCCUGUCUCCACUCAGAGUGGUAUUUUGACUAGCAACAUUCAAACUUUUUCAAGUGGUCCCUUAGAUCCAUCUAGAACUAUGCAAAACACAUUUCAACACUCAAGAAGUGUUGGAAGUAUCCAUAGAGAAAUUGACUCUAAUAUUUCUGGGCAAAAAGACAAUUUCUCAAGCACACUACCGGGGAGCCGCACUGAAAAGGUCGUCGACAAUUUCUUGCAGAGUUCUGCUUUCAAAAAUGAAGCUGAAGCGGAGCUGAUUGAAGGGGCUCGGAAUUUGCGUACAGAGAAUAAUUUGCUUCAACUGUUGCUGAAGCAUCAAGAAAUGAUUGAAAGGUUAGCGGAUCAGAAUCAAAAGUUGCACAAGGUACUCAUUGAAGAUCUGAAAAUUCCACCUGACAAACUCGAAACCAACAGUGGUACACAUUCGGGCGUUAUAUAUCCUUGUAUUGACUGUUUUGAGUGUCGCAGAAGAAGAAGAAAAAUGAAGACGUAGCGCAGAUUUGUAGAAAUGAUUGAAGUUCUUUUUGUUUUAUUAUUAUUAUUAUUAUUAUUAUUUACUUUUCUCCAGCAGUUUUCUAAUUUGUUCAUUUAACAUA